ACUUUCUCCAUCCGCCGCCGCCCCACGCUUCGUUCUGGGCUUUUCCGUCCCUGUGCUUCAGCGCUAGGUACAACAUCGUUCGUCGUAAUCGUCCCCCACCACGACGACCACGAUCACCAGGCACCACCCCGACUAGUAGUUCUACGACUCUAGUCAAGGUCAAUUCUUUUCCUUCAAACCACCCAUUUCAGUAUAGCGGCCUGGACGGGUAACAGAGCAACCAUGGAGAACUAUCAGAAGCUAGAAAAGAUUGGCGAGGGAACGUAUGGUGUCGUCUACAAGGCCCGCGACUUGGCCAACAGCGGGCGCAUUGUCGCCCUCAAGAAGAUCCGUCUCGAAGCCGAAGAUGAGGGCGUCCCCUCCACCGCCAUCCGCGAGAUCUCGCUGCUCAAGGAGAUGCGCGACCCCAACAUUGUGCGCCUCCUCAACAUUGUCCAUGCCGACGGCGGUCAAGGCCAUAAGCUGUAUCUCGUCUUCGAAUUCCUCGAUCUUGAUCUGAAGAAGUACAUGGAGGCCCUUCCUGUCAGCGACGGUGGUAGGGGCAAGGCCCUCCCCGAAGGUACGGGCGCCGGACUGCACAAUUUGGGACUGGGCGAGGAUAUCAUCAAGAAGUUCAUGAGCCAGCUUUGCGAGGGCGUCCGAUACUGCCACAGCCACCGUGUCCUACACCGCGAUCUCAAGCCCCAGAACCUGCUCAUCGACCGCGACGGCAACUUGAAGCUAGCAGAUUUCGGUCUCGCCCGCGCCUUUGGUGUUCCACUCCGUACUUAUACCCACGAGGUCGUCACAUUGUGGUACCGUGCACCCGAAAUUCUGCUGGGUGGUCGUCAGUACUCGACCGGUGUUGAUAUGUGGUCCGUUGGUUGCAUCUUUGCCGAGAUGUGCACACGCAAGCCCUUGUUCCCUGGUGAUUCGGAAAUUGACGAGAUCUUCAAAAUCUUCCGUCUGCUUGGAACCCCUACUGAGGACAUCUGGCCCGGCGUCACCUCCUAUCCCGACUUCAAGGCAUCCUUCCCCAAGUGGGUACGCGACUACAACGUACCACUCUGCCAAAAUCUUGACGAUGUCGGUCUUGAGCUACUUGAAUCCAUGCUUGUCUACGAUCCUGCUGGCCGAAUUUCUGCCAAGGCAGCGUGCAAUCAUCCUUACUUUGAGGACUACAACCCCAAGCCAAAGAGCAAAUAUCGCGACAGCAGCAGAUACGCCUAGGGGCGUUCGCCAAGGUCGAUGGAGGAGCGUCAUGGCAAUAGCAAAUCGACUGUCCAAGCUUUGCAGCCGGCUGCUUAGGUUCGGUCGGAUCUCGGUGACCUCAAAGUGGGCAGUUCGUCGCAAGGGUACAGACUUGGUGAUUCUACCAGCAGCGAGUGAGGUCGACACACCGAAACGGUGACAGAGACAAACUGUCAUUAUCA